UAUGACGUCUUUUGGUUUUCAUCUCGUUCCUCCUCUGCCUGGAAAUCAGACCAGCUAGCCGAUAGUUAGCUAGCUAACUAGCUAACUUAUUUAAUUUCCCCACAGUUUUCAAGACUUAGUUAAUAUAAGGUGUGUUUGAUUGUCUGAUUCAACAAGAUAUUAUCCAUCGCGAAAUUACUUCCCGACUCCGUUUUUCUCUCAGCUCCCGGAGAAAACACUGAGCCAUGUACAAUGGGAUUGGACUGACAACUCCGCGGGGCAGCGGCACCAAUGGCUAUGUGCAGCGCAACCUGUCCAGCCUGCGGGCCAAGCGGCCGCGGGAUGAGCGUGGCGGCGAGCGGGACGAGAAGGACCGCGAGAGGCUGGAGAGUCAGCUCAACAGGCAGCCCAAUGCAGACAUCCUGGAGCACCAGAGGAAGAGGCAGCUGGAGGUCAAGUGUGCCGAGCUGCAGGACAUGAUGGAGGAGCAAGGGUAUUCAGCUGAGGAAAUCGAGGAGAAGGUGAAUACUUUCCGGAUGAUGCUCCAGGAGAAGGAGGAGCCGGCUCCCGUCACCACUGACAGACCAUCGGCGACAGAGACUCAUGCUCUGGCUGCUGCAAACCAGCAGAAGAAUGACCGUCUUCGCGCUGCCUUUGGAAUCUCCAGCGACUAUGUGGACGGAUCCUCCUUCCAUGCCGACCGCAAGGAGAAGGAGAAGGAGAAGAGAGAGCAAGAACGCCUGGAGAGGGAGAAGCUGCAGCAGCAGAAGUACACGUUGGUGGAAGAUUCAGACGACUCAGAUUCUCCUCCCAAGAAGCGCAGUCGGAAGAAGAAAAAGAAAAACAAGGCCAGAGACGGCUCAGAGAGUCCCUCCCCAUCUCCUCGACGAGAGAAGAAGAAAUCCAAAAAGAAGAAAAAGAAACGUGAUGUGUCAGAAGACGUGGAAGAAGUAGACAGUUCCUCAGAUGAGAAACAGGAGUCAAAUAAAAAGAAGGGGAGUUUGAGUCCUCCGAAAGCAAAGGACGUGCGGGGCAGGAGCGUCUCCUCCGGCUCUGCUCACAGCGAGUCUCCAGCUCCAUUGAGAUCACGUCAACAGGACCAAAAUGCAAGAAAAGCAGACGAAGGAAGAAAGGGGAGAUCGCCUGACAAAAGGCAAAGAGGCUACGAGGAAAAAGGCCAACUUCUUCAGGGAGGAGAGAGGCCCAAUCUUGAGAGAGAAAAAGAGAGGCCGAUGGAGACUGAGAACUCCUCCAAGAGGAGACAUGACUCCUCAUCCCCUUCACCACCACCACAGACAGAAAAAGGCAGGGAGCAGGAGAAAGGGAGGCGUUCCCGGAGUAGAGAGAUUGAGAAAAGAAGCAUGGAAAACGAGAGGGAGAAAAGGAGGCGUUCAAAAAGCAGAGACAUGGAGAAAAGGGGGCGUUCAAGGAGCAUAGAAAAGGAAAGGGAGAGAGGGAAGAGCCCCAGAACCAAAGAGAUGGAAAGAGUGAGGCGUUCAAGGAGCAGAGAAAACGUAAGGGGGAGAGGGAGGCGCUCCAGAAGCAGGGAGGUGGAGAAAGGGAGGCGUUCAAGGAGCAGAGAAAAGAGAAACGUUCCUCAGAAGGCCAGACAUGACUCGUCCUCUUCUCGUUCUCCUUCUCCUCCACCGAAACAGGAGACGAGGAGAGAAAAGAGCAGAGACACUGAGUGGGAAAAAGACAGGAAUAAACAGGACAAAAAGACGAGACACGAGUCCUCCUCCCCAUCGCCUUCUCCCCUUGAGAAGGCUAGGAGGGAGAGGAGCGGAGAGAACAGGGCUGAGAGAGAUCUGCACUCCAGGGACAACAGGAGAGACGUCGGGAGGAGACAGGAGAGGGGGGCGUCUCCUUUCCAACAGAGAAACGACCGGAGAAGAGAUGGAGGAAACCGAGAUUCACCUGCAGCUCGGUCACCUGUCACCAACGGGCGUCAAAGAGAAAGGGAGGACGAGAGGAGGAGAGAACAGGGUGACAGGGUGAGGGAGCAAGAGAGAGGGCGAGGUGGCAGCAAAAGAGAGGAGGCCAUACGACCGACUGCAGAAAACAGGAGCGAUGGAUCCAGACCUGCAGAGAAAGGCAGGAGCCAAAGACCAGAGAUGAAAACCAGAAGUCCUCCGAGGAAGGAGAAACAGGCGGAGAAGAAAAGAGCUACCAGCAGCAGCAGCAGCAGUAGCAGCGGCAGUAGCAGCAGCGGUAGUGACAGCGACAGCUCCUCGUCCUCCUCUUCCUCAUCUUCUUCCUCUUCAGGUUCAUCCUCUGAGGACGAGACCCAGGUGAAGAAGGCUUCCUCAUCAGGGAAGGGGAAAAGUAGUCCAUCUAAAGGUGCACCGGGUGCCAUCGCAGCUGCUGUGGAAAGGCACUUGGCCAACGGUAUGAAGGAGAGCCCGGUGUCUGCUGAUGGGCGUGCCCAGAAGGAGAGGGAGGGUGGGGGAGACAAACGGGAGAGGGAGAGAGCUCCCCACAGAGCUCCUGCAGAGAGUCAGCCGCCCCAGAAGAAAGGUCAGGAGCGCUACAGCCCCACGCAGAUGGACAGCCCCUCUCCUCCUCCCUCCCCGCCCCCCAACAGAGCGGAUGCCAGCAGAGGCAGGUACUCCCCCUUUGAGGCCGAGAAAACUAGGGUGGAGGCGAGAGUCGGGGAUAGGGAGAGAGGGAAGGAGAGGGAGGUAACCAGGAGGCCUGCGAGGUCCAGCCCCGCGGCCAGGAGGUCACGCUCCCCACCACAGAAAACCACUACCGCCUCGCCACCACGCCGCACUCCACCAAGGCAGUACCAGGAACCCCCGCCCCGAUCCAGGAGAGCUUCUCCCCCCCCGACCUGGUCUGACCGGGACAGAGAGAGGCCGAGGGAGAGAGACAGAGACCGGGAGAGAGAAAGGGACAGAGAUAGGGAGAGAGAAAGGGAGCGGGUUGUGAGGAGGAGCCGGACCAGAAGCCCAAGAAGGCGCUCCAGGUCUAGAAGUCAGAGGAGGCGCAGCCCCCCCAACAGGUCCCGCCGCUCCCCCUCCCCACAGCGGCGAAGGAGGAGCAGUCGCUCCCUCUCCCGAGAGAGAGCCCGAGAGAGAGAGCAGCAGAGGCUCAGGCAGAGAGUGCUGGAACAAGAGAGAGAAAGGGUGAAGCAGCCCCCAAAGGAGGUUCCCCCGCCCCGCAGGGCGUCCUCCUCUUCUUCUUCCUCCAGCUCCUCCUCCUCGUCUUCGUCCUCCCCUUCACCACAGCGACAGGGGGAAGACACCAAGGCACUAACAGAGGACGAGAAGAAGAGACGCUCCUCUUCCUCACAAGGCCCCUCCAGAGACUCAUCCCACGCCCAGGCCUCAGGUCAGAGAGGCCCGCCGUCAGACUCCAGGCGCUCUGACGGUCCCUCCAGAGGGUCUCCGGCCGCCAACCAAUCAGAGACCAAACAGCCCUCUGAGGGUCCUAUCAGGACGCGGUCACCAGGGGCGGCCCCUACACCGUCAGACCGCACAGUCCGCAGUGAGAGCGCUUUGAAUGGGAAGGAGGUAAACAAGAAGGCCAACCAAAGCAGCAGCAGCUCCAGCUCUUCUUCCUCCUCAUCUUCCUCUUCUUCCUCCUCUUCAUCCUCCUCUUCAGACAGCUCCGACUCUGAAGGGGAGCAGGAAAAAAAAGGGAAGCCAGGAAAAACUCCAAGCUCUUCUUCCUCAUCCUCAUCGGAGAAUGAAAAGGAAACCAAGAAAAAGAGCCCUGCGAUGCCUCCGAGGGUCCCGGCUGAUUCCCUGAGAGACUCCCGCUCCCUCAGUUAUUCUCCUCCGAGGCACAUGAAAGCAGCGCAGCCCUCGCCCAGCCGCAGGAGGAGCAGCAGCAGCAGGCAAUCUCCAAGCCGCUCUUCAAGCAGCAGACGAAGGAAAUGAGCCGACACCUUGAGGCGCUUCUCUUCUUCUAUGGUGUUUGUCUGUUCCCCUAAAGCUGGUUUAACUGGACUAUAACAGGAACUCUACAGCCAGCGGUCAGUAGAUUAACCUCUGAAUGUCGGGGGACACACUUAUCAACAACGCGUUUGUUUUUUAAGCAGCAACGACCCGCGGCCGGCUUGUACAUUUAUUUUUAGGAGCUGAAUAAGAAACGUACACAUUCACACACGCAGACACUGUUAAGUAAAGUGUAUCUCUAACAAUGUUCCUGUGUACUUGUACUGUUUGUUGCAGUCUACCUGUAGAUAUGAGCUGUCUGUAUUUUGGUUAUCAUGUAACAGAUGAUAAUACGUUUCCAUUUAAUGUGAUCAGAAAUGUGUUGAUUUCUUUGUUGAAAAUGGUUAAUAAAAGGCAAUUGUACAUUUUA